CAUCAGUCUGAAGCAUCACCUGGUUCGCUUCUUCUUCAAACUCUCUACUUUCUCCAUGAAAAUCUCUUGAACUCUCAAAAGCAAAAGCGAUAUCUCAUAAAAAAACACUUUCGUUGUUGUGGGUUUAAUUGUUUUUUGGUUUCAAAAUGGUUUCGUUGGAAGAUUCUAAUUCUUCUUCAAGUCGGCGGUUUCCUUUAAGACAGAAUUUCUACUCACCGUCUUCGGUUUCGACCUCCAAAGUCCACCGGAGUCCCGCCAGAUCCAUGCGUACAAUUCGUUCAAAUCUCUAUCAAGACGAAAACAGUUGUUCCUUCACAACUGUUCCCGAUAAUUCGGGCUACAUGUCCGAGAAUCUGACUGAGUCGGUUAUCGACAUGAGACUUGGCGAGCUUGCAACCAAACUGCUUGACGCGAAAUCGGCCAAGUCCAACUCAUCAGAAGACGAUUUCUUGAAUGUCUCUCAAGCUUUCAGCGAUUUCUCGGUCUGUAGCAGUGAUAUUUCGGGCGAGUUACAGCGUCUCGCGUGCUUACCGUCACCUGAAAACAAUCCCUCUCAGCGCAGUGAGAACUACCGUCAAGGUGAACUGGAAGCGGAGACAGAGCCAGAGCCAGAGCCGUGUUUGGGGUUUCUCCAAAGGGAAAGCUUCUCAACCGAAAUAAUCGAAAGCAUUUCGCCAGAAGAUCUUCAACCGACGGUCAAGAUCUGCAUCGAUGGUCUUCAAUCCUCAUCGAUCGCCGUCAAGCGAUCAGCCGCAGCAAAACUGAGACUUCUAGCAAAAAACCGGUCCGAUAAUCGAGUACUUAUUGGCGAAUCGGGUGCCAUACCGGCCUUAAUUCCCCUCCUUAAAUGCAGCGAUCCAUGGACUCAAGAGCAUGCUGUAACAGCUUUAUUGAACCUCUCUUUGCACGAGAACAACAAAUCCAUAAUCACAAACGCAGGGGCAAUAAAGUCUCUUGUAUAUGUUCUCAAAACCGGUACCGAAACUUCAAAGCAAAACGCAGCCUGUGCUCUCCUGAGUCUGGCUCUGAUAGAAGAGAAUAAAAAUUCCAUAGGCGCAUGUGGGGCGAUUCCACCAUUAGUUUCAUUGCUAAUAACCGGUUCAAACAGAGGGAAGAAAGAUGCUUUAACAACAUUGUACAAGCUUUGUUCGUUGAAGCAAAACAAGGAGAGGGCAGUGAGCGCCGGGGCGGUGAGGCCUUUGGUAGCGAUGUUGGCGGGGCAAGGUGAGGGAAUGGCGGAGAAGGCCAUGGUGGUGUUGAGCUUGUUGGCGGGGAUUGCGGAGGGGCAAGACGCGAUUGUUGAUGAAAAUGGAAUUGCUACUCUUGUGGAGGCUAUUGAAGAUGGGAGUGUCAAGGGGAAGGAGUUCGCUGUGUUGACAUUGUUGCAGCUCUGUGCUGAGAGUGUUAGAAACAGAGGGUUGCUGGUUAGAGAAGGAGGGAUUCCUCCUCUUGUGGCGCUUUCACAAACGGGGAGUGUCAGAGCUAAGCAUAAGGCUGAAACUCUACUGGGGUAUCUGAGAGAGCCAAGACAGGAGGCUUCAUCCUCGAGUCCUUAGGUGUUCUGAUGAUACUAUAAGGUUUUAUUUUCAUGUAGAUGGGGAGUUGUUUUGGUGAUGGUUUGUACAGUGUGGUUGAUUAAGAAUUGAAAUAGAAAAAAAAUUAGGGAGAAAGAAACUAGUAAGCAACUGACCUUAGAUGUAUGAUUUUUAACUAGGUUUUAGGGUUCUAUCUUUUUUCCUUGUUAUCGAGUUCUCUAUUAUCGGCUUGUGGGAUUUUGGAUGUGAUAAAAUUUUGGGUUAUUCUUUAUUUUGUUUGGAUGACCCAACUUAUGUUAAACAUCUUUCCUGAAUGAAGAUGAAGAUCAAGGUUGAUGCGA